AUGAAGACCUUUAGUAUCCUUAGUGUUGCUGCCUUCCUGGCGGCCGUUGCCGCGCAGGAGCUUACCGAGUGCGCUGAAACCUGCAUCCGGCAGGCCAUCGCUGCCGGUCGUGAGGGAGGAUGCCGUAACGCUCGUGACCUCGAGUGCCUCUGCGCCAGCAAGCAGGCGGGUGACACCCUGAGGGAUUGCGGAUACUCCCAGUGUGAGGAGGAAGAUAUCGAGUCUAUCCUCGCGUAUGUUGUUGGCCUCUGUGAAGAGGCGGGUGUCCCGAUUACCCAUGAGACUGGUCGUCCUGAGCCUACACCGGCUCCCACGGCCACCGGUGAGCCCGAAGCCCCUGCUGAGCCUACCGAUGCUCCCGAAGAAAUACCCGAGGAAGAAGUCCCUGAGGAGGAGGCUCCCGAGGAGGAAGCACCAGAGGAAGAAGAAGAAGCUCCUGAGGAGGACGUCCCCGAGGAGGAAGAAGUCCCCGAGGAAGAAGUCCCAGAGGAGGAAGAGGCACCGGAGGAGGAAGAAGAGCCCGAAGAGGAGGAAGAUCCCUGA